CCUAAAAAACUAGAUCUACGUACGAUCCAGUCUUACUAGCUUUUCAUCCGCCGCCGCUCCAUUCCUGCCGGUUGUCGCUCGAGAUCCCGUUGAAAGCAUCGCCGCCGCUCCAGUCCACGAGUCCAAGGGCCGCCACCGCCGCUCCAGUCCACGAGUCCAAGGGCCGCCACCGCCGCUCCAUUCCCGCUGGGUGUCACCCGGUGAAGGCACCGCUGUCGCUCCAGUCCACGGGUCCACAUCCGCUCCAUUCCCGCCGGCCGCCGCUCGAGUACCCGGUGAAGGCACCGCUGUCGCUCCAGUCAACGCCGCCUAGGGCCGCCACUGCCGCUCCAUUCCCGCCGGCUGCCACCGCUCCAGUUCUGCUGGCAUCCUCGAGUCCAAGUACCCAAGGGAAUAAUUUGGUAUGUCUCCCCAAGAUGAUAAUGAAGUAACCCAGACACUGGAAGAAUUAGCUGAAUAUGAAGACAUAAUACAGAGGACCUUCAGUUCUGAUGAAGAAUGCUAUGAUUUUUUCAAUAAGUUUGCCAAGACAAAAGGAUUCAGUGUUAGAAAGAGCAAAGUUUGGUGCUCAAAAAUCACAGGUUGUAUAAUAAGUCGACAGUUUCUUUGCUCAAAAGCUGGGGUGAGAGAUGAGAAGUAUUUCAAUUUGCCAAAUAGAAAACGGAAACAUCGGCCACUUACAAGAUUUGAAUGUCCUGUGAAGUUAGUGAUUAAAUUCAGCUGGGAGAUGGAUCUAUGGUAUGUUGACAAGUACAUUGAUUCACACAACCAUGAGCUGGCUAGACCCAACGAAACAACAUUUCUCCGUUCACACAGAAAAAUGACAGAGUGGUAGAAAAAUGAAAUUAUAGAUCUCCAGAAGGCUGGCUUGAGAAAACAUCAGAUUAUGGAUGUUAUGGUGCAGGAGAUCAAUGGAGAUCAUGCUGAAGUUGGAUAUGUCCCGAGGGAUCUUUACAACUUUUCAUACUUAAAUAAAUGUGCUAAGAUUAUUGAUGGUGAUGCAAAUGCAGUUCUGCAGAAUAUGAGACAAAGACAACUAGAAGAUUGUGAAUUCUUUUUGACUACCAAACCAAUUCUGAAGGCCGCUUGGUUAAUUUGUUUUGGUGUGAUGGUCAGUCUCGCCUAGAUUACCAAGCAUUUGGGGAUCUUCUCAUUUUUGACAGCACGUAUCGGACAAAUAAGUACAGCAUGCCCUUUGUUCCUUUUGUGGGGUUGAAUCACCAUCGUAGCACCACAAUUUUUGCUUGUGCUGUUGUUUCUCAUGAAACAACUGAAUCGUUUAAAUGGUUACUGUGUACUCUACUGGUUGCAAUGUAUCAGAAAGAACCCAAGUCCGUAAUAACUGAUGGUGAUCAUGCAAUGCGAAGAGCUAUACAGCAGGUGCUUCCUAACAGCAUACAUCGAUUGUGUACUUGGCACGUGGAGAGGAAUAUGACUCACUUUAUUCAUCAUUGUAUGAUACCUGAUUUUAGGGAGCUAAUAUAUAAAGCAACCACGCCAAGUCAGUUCGUUCGCAGAUGGAAAGAUUUUGUUGAGGCACACAAGAUUGGUGAGGGUAAGAAAAGUUACAAGUGGCUGUCAAGGAUGUACAAAAUCCGAAAACUGUGGGCAGCUAGUUAUGUCAAGAACAAAUACUUUUUGGGUGCACAGAGUAAUCAGCGCAGUGAAAGCCUAAAUUCCCAAUUGCAUACUCACUUGAACAGAAAAAUGACAUUAGCAUAUAUGGAAGAACAUUUCUUUCGCUGUGUUAAACGUAUUAGAAGAAAUGAGUAUGAAUUGGAUUGCGUAGCUUCACAAUCUUUGCCAGUUCUCAUUACAGAACAUAAACCUUUGGAAAUGGAUGCAGCGAAGUGCUUCACUCCAGCAAAUUUUCAGUUGGUUCAGAAGGAGAUUGAAAGGUCAUCAAAUUAUGAGAUUGUUGAGAUAUUGGAAAAUGAAAAUUGCAUAAAGUACAUUGUUAGUGCCAGAGAGUACACAAGUGUCCGUUUUGUCGAAUGUGAUGAUGAGGAGACACUUGCAAAUAUUAAGUGCAACUGCCUAAAAUUUGAACGUGAAGGAAUACCUUGUUGUCAUGUUAUGUUAGUUCUGAUUAAACAUGAUGCACUCAUCCCACGUAGUUGUGUGCUGACUAGAUGGACACAGAAUGCCAAGUCAAGUAUCCUUUCAGAUGAAAAGAAAAAUGAAUCAAGUCAGCAAGAACGUUUUGCCGAAUUGGUUAAUUUGUCUAAACCGGUUUUUUAGGAAGCAUCAGGUUCAACUGAAGAUUUUCUUAGAUGGAAGAAAACUCUAACUGAUGAGCAAAAGAAAAGAAGGCAAAAUGAUGAUUUUCAUGGAAAUAAAGGUGAAGUCAAUCAAGGUCUUCUAAAUGGAGCAUCACCAUUGAUAAAUGUGGAAGAUCCUUUGCGAGUGGUAAGCAAAGGCGCACCGAAAAAAAGAAUCAAAGGUUUCCAAGAUGUCCGACAAAGAAAAUGUGGAGUAUGUCGUAAAAUUGAUCAUGACAGAAGGAAGUGUCCAGAUAAUGAAAAGGGUGGUACUUCAAAAAUUGGCUCCACUUCCGCAUAAUACAACUUGGGCUAAGCACAAGGAUGGAAGUACAUUGAAGAGCACCGGCAACAUUCUGGAAAUUCAUUCAACAACACCAUGCACUCUGGAAUUUCAUUCAGCAGUACCCGCAAGCAUGGCGUAGCAAGGAUGCAAUCGCCCAGUUGAAGAGUGCACUCCAUGCAAAUUCAUAAAGCUUUGAUAUUACAAAUAUUUAUUGUAAUAGCACACUCCUUCAUAUUGUACUUUAGUGCUCAUUCAAAUUUUCCGAUCAUAUUUGGGUGAUGCAUUUUAGUGCUCACUCAAAUUUUGACUUCAAAUUUCCAAGUUCCCAGUUUCUUUGAUAAAUGAUUUAUGAGAAAAUUGCUUAUUGUUGGC